AUGGCACCUAACUGGGACAGACUCAUCCGCUUCAUUGCGACAGACGGUCGUGAGCUGCGGGGUCAACCCGUCCUUCCUUCCCCAGACUUCGAUGUCGGCACAACAACAGAAGCCACAGGACUCAAGGCCAAGGUCAUUAGCGUAGCGAAUGACGAUAUUUUUGAUGCUGCCACCAAGGUCACAGACGAGGAAGUCACCGUCAAGAAGCUACUUGGUCCCGUGACUAUCGACGAAGUGCCAAUCAUCCGCUGCAUUGGCCUGAAUUUUAUCAAGCACAUCCAAGAAGGCGGCCGCACACUGCCCCCUCUCCCCAGCACAUUCAUCAAAGCGAACACCUGCCUGCAAGAUCACGACGGCCCCAUCGUGAUCCCCAAGAUCGCGCAAGACAACCAAGCCGACUACGAAGGCGAAUUGUGCUUCAUCCUUUCCAAGGACGCCAAGGACGUAUCCGAGGCUGAUGCCUUCGACUACAUCGGCGGCUACCUGUCCGGCAACGACGUCUCCAGCCGCAAGUGGCAGCGCGACCCUGCUCUCGCCGGAACCGUCCCGCAGUGGAAUUUCUCCAAGGGUUUCGAUACAUACGCGCCCGUUGGUCCGCAGAUCGUCAGCACCAAGGUUGUUCCGGACCCCAGCAAGUUGACGCUGCAGACACGCGUCAACGGCGAGCUAAGGCAGAACUCUGGGAUUGAUGAUUUGUGCUUCAAGAUCCCCACGCUCGUUGCGUUCAGCAGCCAGGGUACGACGCUGAAGAAGGGCACUAUUUUCAUGACCGGGACGUGCGCCGGCGUUGGGUAUGCGAUGAAGAACCCGCAGUUCUUGAAGCCGGGGGAUGUUGUCGAAGUCAGUGUAACGCCCGAGAUCGGGACAGUGAGGAAUACUGUUGAAUUUGCGUAG